CUCAUCUUAAACACCACCACUCAUACUGAAACACACAACUCAUCUUAAACACCAUCUAAAACACAGAACCUAAGAAAUCUUCUACUUUUUUCUUUCUAAUGGCAACCAUGGCAAUGACCCUUUCUUCACCCCUUUCUAAAACAUCUUUCCUAGAAACUCAAUCUUCAUUCCAUGGGAUCCAAAUCCCAUCAAGAGUCCAACCCAUCCGAUCAACUUCCCAAAACAACACUUCAUCAUCAAUCUCUAUGUCAUCAGCAAACCCACCUUAUGAUCUUACAGAUUUCAAGUUUGCACCAAUCAGAGAGUCAAUCGUUUCUCGUGAAAUGACCCGUCGUUACAUGAUGGAUAUGAUUACUUAUGCCGAUACCGAUGUUGUUGUUGUUGGUGCUGGUUCAGCUGGUUUGUCAUGUGCUUAUGAAAUCAGUAAGAACCCUAACGUUAAUGUUGCACUUAUUGAACAAUCAGUGUCUCCAGGUGGUGGUGCUUGGUUAGGUGGACAACUUUUCUCUGCUAUGGUUGUUCGUAAACCAGCUCACAAAUUCCUCGAUGAACUCGAAAUCGAAUACGAUGAACAAGACACCUACGUUGUCAUCAAGCACGCUGCCUUGUUCACUUCCACCAUCAUGUCAAAGUUGUUGGCCAGACCAAACGUCAAGCUGUUCAAUGCUGUUGCAGCGGAGGAUUUGAUCGUCAAAAACGAUAAAGUUGCAGGAGUUGUGACCAACUGGGCGUUAGUCUCAAUGAACCAUGAUACACAAUCUUGCAUGGACCCUAAUGUCAUGGAAGCCAAGAUUGUUGUUAGUUCAUGUGGUCACGAUGGUCCUUUUGGUGCUACUGGUGUUAAAAGGUUGAAGAGUAUUGGUUUAAUCGACUCAGUUCCCGGAAUGAAAGCUCUUGACAUGAACACCGCUGAAGAUGCCAUUGUUAGACUCACUAGAGAAAUUGUUCCUGGUAUGAUUGUUACUGGUAUGGAAGUUGCCGAGAUUGAUGGUGCCCCAAGAAUGGGACCAACAUUCGGAGCCAUGAUGAUCUCAGGGCAAAAGGCAGCACAUUUAGCAUUGAAGGCGUUGGGACAACCUAAUGUGAUUGAUGGAAACUACACUGACAUGGGAGGUAUUGUACCAGAGCUUAUCCUUGCAGCUGUUGAAUCAGCUGAGACUGCUGAAGCUUAAAGAAAUUAAGUAAUGUUGAGGAUAUUGAUGAUAAGGAAAUUAUCAUCUGAAAUUGCAUAAAUAAUAACAAAAGAGCAGAGCAAGGAUAUGAUGAUGAUGUUGAUGAGUACUGUAGGUUAAGAGAAAUCAAUCAAUCAAUCAAAUAGUCUAUCUGCUGUUCAUGGUUGUUCUUUUCUUUUUUCUUUUUUUAUGUGAAGGAUAUUUUUCAUGUGGUUUGGAUUUGCUUGGAUUUUAGUUUGGAGUUCUCAAAGUUUCAAGUGCAUGGUGUUAGAUUACUUUGCUAUCAUCUUGUUUUCUUUGGAACAGUAACUUAAGUAGAGCUUUCAAGCAACAUUUC